UUAGAGAGAGAUCUCAUCUCUCCCAUUAGAAUCAGGUCCGAUCACGCACACACACCCCUCUCUGUCGCGUUCAUCUGACUGUAAGCAGGUCUUUCUUUCUAUUUUCAUUUUUUUUGGCUCCCUAGAAACAUAAUAGAAUGAAUCAUCCACAAAACCCAAAACAACAACAUUAUUUGAUGUGUAUUUGUGAAGAAAUUAAUUCCAAGAGAAACUGAUAAAUUAGUUAAGAGCAUGUGCCGCUUCCGCUGCUGCUUCUGCUUGUGGGGUCUCCAUGGUUUUCAGUGAAUUCGUCUCUUUUCUUCUUCCAGAAACACGUCAAUGAAAAAUGGGGAAGGGCCUGCCUUUCUUUUUACGCAAAAACAGCCGUCGUCGCUUGAAGAAGGCUGGUGGCCUGCAAUCACCACCAUCUGCUCCGCCUCCUCCACCGUUGAGAUCACCGGAAUUAAUUGAUGCUAAUUACAACAACAAUAAUUUGGUGGUUGGGGCUGCGACGGGGCCUGGGAAGGGGAAGAAGAAGGCCGGAGGAGCAGCCAGGCUGUGGAUGAGAUUUGAUAGGUUGGGGAAUUCGGAGUUGGUGGAAUGUGAUAAAAGUGCCAUUAUCAAGCGCGUCUCUAUUCCUGCUAGGGAUUUGAGAAUUCUUGGCCCUGUCUUCUCUCACUCCUCUAACAUUCUUGCCAGGGAGAAAGCCAUGGUUGUCAACUUAGAGUUUAUAAGGGCUAUAGUGACUGCUGAAGAAGUCCUGAUUUUGGAUCCUCUGUGCCAAGACGUUCUUCCAUUCGUGGAUCAGCUAAGGCAACAACUUCCUCAUAAGACCGCAGUUAACAUCCAGCAGGUCUCUCAGAAUGCAGACACUCAUGCUUCUACCGGGGGUCAAUGGCUGCCUGUUCCAGAAGCUGCUGAAGGUUUGCAGUGUGAGCUUCCAUUUGAGUUUCAAGUUCUGGAGAUUGCUUUGGAGGUUGUCUGUACCUACUUGGACUCCAAUGUGGCUGACCUGGAGAGAGAUGCUUAUCCCGUGCUGGAUGAAUUGGCCAUGAAUGUUAGCACCAAGAAUCUUGAACAUGUUCGCAGUUUGAAAAGUAAUCUCACUCGUCUGCUUGCUCGUGUACAGAAGGUGAGGGAUGAAAUUGAACAUCUAUUAGAUGACAAUGAAGAUAUGGCAGAUUUGUAUUUGACAAGGAAGUGGAUUCAGAAUCAGCAAUCUGAGGCCUUGGUGGGUUCUGCAGCUUCAAAUAGCAUAACCCUUGCUACACCACAUCUCCCUCGACUUGGCUCUAACCGGAGUGCAAGUAUGGUGACUAGCAGUGUUUUGGAUGAUGAUGAUGAUGUAGAGGAUUUGGAGAUGCUGCUUGAGGCUUAUUUUAUGCAGCUAGAUGGAACACGAAAUAAAAUAUUGUCUGUUCGUGAGUAUAUUGACGACACAGAAGACUAUGUCAAUAUUCAGCUUGACAACCAGCGAAAUGAACUCAUCCAGCUCCAACUGAUAUUAACCAUUGCGUCUUUUGCUAUUGCAGUGGACACCCUGAUAGCUGGGAUGUUUGGCAUGAACAUUCCCUGUCAAUUGUAUCAGAUACAUGGGAUAUUUGGCUACUUUGUGGGAAGUUCUUCUACCGGAUGUUUGUUUCUUUUCCUGCUUGUUCUAGGUUAUGCCAGAUGGAAGAAGCUACUUGGUUCAUAAGUCUUUAACUCUUUGCCAGUUGCAGAUGUGUGUUUAAUGUGGUAGAUUCUCACAGCUGACUUAUCUGUGAAUCCCAGUACACACUGUCUUACAAGUACAUAUUGGAGAGGGCAACCUUACUGUAUGAAAUGACUGGUGAUUUUCUUUAGUCCAUACCAAAGUACGCUACACGUCAGUUUCUUCUUCUCUUCCUCUUUUCUUUUUUCUUGGGGCUUGAAAACUUGACCUUUGCAUUCAUGUAAUGCUGAAAUCUUUUAUCCUUUUCAUGGCAACCAAACAGAGGGCUGUAAAAGUUGUGUUUAUGUUGCCAUUUUUUUUUUCCUGGUGUGUAU